AUGAAGCAGGCGAGACGGCUUCUUCCUCCUUCGUCAGUCCCAGGGACAGCUAGAAUAUACCGCUGGAGAAAGAUUGCCGGCAGCAAGACGCUCUACCAGCACGCUGGCGGAGAUGACGGAGAAGGCGGAGGUCUGGAGAAAGACUCUAGAAGGACAGGAGAACAGAAGAUGAACCCGCCAAUGCCAGUGAUUGCCAUCCCCAUGGUCAUUCCCGCUGCCGUGGUUGUCUACACCGAAGAGCUGGCCUUCCGAGUGGUCACCUCGAAAGACGGACUGCGUCUCCUUGAUGCCCGCUCUUCUCCCAUCCAGCCCAAGUCUUAA